AUGUCUUACAGCUGGGACCUGAUGGGCACCAAGCUGGUGCGACCCUGCCAAGCGCCGCAAGAGUGCACCUUCGAGAUCACUUUGCCCGCGGACAUCCAGGCCCCAGUGCAGGUCUACUACUCCGUGAAGCCCUUCUAUCAGAACUACUUCUCCUAUAUGAGCUCGGUGGUCCCUGCAGAGUUGCAGGGGCAGAUGGCGUCGGAGGAAGCUCGCGCCGUGUGUCCCGAGCAAUCCCGUCUCACCGCUGACGGAAAGGACAUUUUCCCAUGCGGCCUCAUCGCCACGUCCGUUUUCAACGACACCUUUGAGAUCGAGGGUAUGGAGAUCGACACCGAGUCAGAGCACAUGCCGGUGUGGCGGCACUUUAAGAAUCCGCCUGAAUAUCCGGACAAAGCAGGGGUCUCUUGGCUCUACGAGCGAUACCCCAUGGUGACGGAUGAGGAGCUGGGAAUCAAAAGCAAGCGCUUCGUCGCAUGGAUGAUCCCCAACUUCCUGAACCGCGCCAACAAGCCGUACGGUGUGAUCUCCCAGCCUCUGCUGAAGGGGCAGAAGAUCAAGAUGCGGAUCAAGUCCAGCUUUCCCGUGACGAGCGUCGGCGCCUGGAAGACGGUGCUGCUCACACGGGGCACGCAGAACUACAUUCUGGUGUGGGUGCUUUUGUUUAGCUGCGGGUUGUGCGUCGCCCUGGUGGCCUUGGUCUGGGGCGUCCGCCAGUUCUGCGGCCGGGAGAAUGGCAAGGCCCGAGAUCUGCAAGGCGCCUCGGCGGGGCUCAGCGAGUGGCGCCCGGAGUGGCGCCCGGGGCGCCCACCGGACGCCAACAGCAGCGAUCCCUUCGCGAACCCCUUUGCGAACGCGCCCACCUUGGCGCCGGGCAUCGGACUCGACGGCAAGCCGGUGCAUGUGGUGAUGCUGAACGACACCAAGCACCCCUUCGGCUUCAACGGCUCGACCUUCUCCGGCUUCGGGAAGGGCAUCAAGAACGCCUUCAAGUGCCCCUUCGCCACCUGCACACAGGAUGUCAUCGUGGACGAAGAUGACGAUGCCGACGUAUGGCGAUUGCCUUUUGUCGCCGGGGUGCUCGUCUCCCUGUGCGUUGCGCUGCACUUGUUUACCCCCUUCAACUUGCUGACUCUUUGCGAGAAUCAGCCGGAAGAUGAGGAUGAAGAUGAGGAUGAAGAGGAGGACCCAAUAUGCCCUGCCACUGCCUGGGGCACUUCUUCGCGGAGCGUCGCUGAGCUCAUCAAACAGGGCAAGAAGUUGUCUGCACCGCUGACAGCGCAGUCGCCGUCUCAGGCGAUGCAGCCCAUGCAGGCCAUGCAGCCGAUGCAACCCAUGCAACCGAUGCAGCCCAUGCAGGGCAUGCAACCCAUGCAGCCCAUGCAGCCCAUGCAGCCCAUUCAGGGGCUUGCGUACUACGCACCAAUGGCAUCGAGCCCGCGGACAGUCAUGAGCCCAACCUUCCGCCAAGCCUGA